AUGAAGGAGCUCAAAUGGCCUGCAAGAAUGAGGUCACCACCCCAGUCCAGGGACAUGAGCAAAUACUGUGAGUUCCAUCGGGAUCAAGGGCAUACCACAGAAAACUGUAAAGCCCUGCAACGGGAGAUUGAAGCCCUUAUUAAAAUGGGACUUCUAAGUUCCUACGUCGGUAAUGAUAAACGUCCGAAAAAUGAUGGUGGUAGGAAAAGAGCUUCGGAAGCAAAAAGGGAUGGUCAACCCGCUUGUGCAAAAACACACUUAUCACCCGCUGCUGGAAUCAUCAACAUCAUUGUCGGGGGUAUUGCAUCAGGAGGAGAUUCGAACACUGGGCGGAAGCAGUAUGCCCGGCAAUACAUGACAACCUCAAAAGCACAUCAUGGUGACCUCGAGGACAUAACAUUUGGUAUGAAGGAUCUAGAGGGCGUAUCUUUUCCUCAUGAUGAUGCCCUAGUCAUCUCUGCAAUAGUAGCAAACUUUGAGGUAAAGAGGAUCUUAAUCGACAAUGGGAGUGCCGCUAACAUAUUGUCACAUGAAGCCUUCACAAAAAUGGGAAUCUCUCCCGAACAGUUGAAGACAGUGAAAACCCCCCUUCAAGGAUUCAGAGGGAUUGUCCGAUCAUCCAUGGCAUACAACGUAAUCCUGGGUAGACCAUUGCUUAAUAAGGUAAAAGCUAUUGUGUCCACCUUCCACCUCGCCAUGAAGUUCCCCACCAGUCAUGGCGUCGGGGUAGUACGCGAAAACCAAGCUGCUGCCAGACAGUGCUAUGUUACUUGUGUUCAGGAAAUAAAGAUGGACAUCAUGCAAGUCUCAGAAAAGGAGGAAGAGCUCGAGCAUAGGGGGAGACUCGCUCCAGUGGAGGAGUUGCUGGAGAUAGAGCUCAAGCAAGGAAAGAAAGUAACGGUUGGUCGAGAUCUAAAUACGGCCCUCAUGACCGAACUUAUUGACUGCUUAUCUCGCAACAUUGAUGUCUUCGCAUGGAAGGUGGAGGAUAUGCUUGGCAUCGACCCCGAGGUUGUAGUACACAGGCUCAACACUAAGCCCGAGACUCAUCCAGUUAAGCAAAGAAAGAGGCAGUUUGCACCGGAACGACGACGGGUCAUAAAGGAAGAAAUUAAUAAAUUGAUCAGGGCUCAGUUCAUCCGCGAGGUCAAUUAUCUUGACUGGCUCGCCAAUGUCAUCCUGGUAAAAAAGGCUUAUGGUAAAUGGAGAGUCUGCAUCGAUUUUACAGACCUCAAUAAAGCAUGCCCAAAAGACAGCUACCCCUUACCUCGAAUCGACGAUUUGGUGGAUAGUACGUCGGGACACAAAUUAUACAGUUUUUUGGAUGCAUUCUCAGGUUACCAUCAAAUUCUUAUGGCCGAGGAAGACCAAGAGAAGACAUCAUUCAUGGCCGAUUCUGCCAUAUAUUGCUAUAAGGUCAUGCCGUUCGGUUUGAAAAAUGCAGGAGCAACAUAUCAAAGACUUGUCAAUAAAGUUUUUGCAGGAAUGAUCGGGAGAAAUAUUGAGGCCUACGUCGAUGACAUGGUUGUAAAGAGCAAACAAGUGGGCAACCAUGUAUUAGACCUUGAGGAGGUGUUCGCCACGCUGUGUAAGUAUAGAAUGAAGCUGAAUCCGAAAAAAUGCGCAUUUGGCGUUGCCUCGGGAAAGUUCUUGGGUUUUAUGAUCACUCACAGGGAAAUCGAAGCCAACCCAGACAAAAUACGGGCGUUGGCAUCAAUGGAGCCACCUACAACCAAGAAGGAUGUCCAAAAAUUAACAGGCCGUGCUGCUGCCCUCAACAGGUUUAUGUCCCGAGCAGCAGACAAAUGCUUCCCCUUCUUCAAAGUCCUCAGGGGAAACCAAAAUUUUGAAUGGGAUGAGGAAUGUGAAAGGGCUUUUCACGAACUUAAGGAAACGCUGGCAUCCCAUCCUAUCCUCACUAAACCCGAGCAUGGUGAUACUUUGUAUUUAUACUUGGCCGUAUCCCAGAAUGCAGUAAGCGGUGUGCUAGUGAAAGAAGUUAACAAAGCCCAGCAACCCAUAUACUAUGUCAGUAAGGUCUUGCUCGAUGCAGAGACCAGAUAUACUUUGGCAGAACAGCUUGCUCUUGCAUUGGUUGUGGCAGCACGGAAGUUCAGACAAUAUUUUCAGUCUCACCCCAUAGUUGUGCUCACUAAUCAACCCCUUAAGCAUAUUACAAAAACCCAACGUUUCCGGCAGGCCUUGGCUAACUUUAUUGUAGAACUCACCCCAAGGCCUCGGGGGCCAGGGGAUAACUCAGACAAUCAUAUUUCAGACACUUGGAACAUCUUUGUUGAUGGAGCAUCCAAUUCGUCAGGUUCCAGAGUCGGGGUUAUCAUCACGAGCCCUGACAAACUCGUGGAUAUUCAAUGCGCACUCAGGUUUGAGUUUGAAGCUACCAACAACGAGGCCGAAUAUGAGGCCGUCAUCAUCGCCCUUGAGCUUGCCCGAAAUCUUGAGCUCGAGCAUAUCAAAAUUUUCAGCGAUUCUCAGCUUGUGGUCGGCCAGAUAGAAGAUACGUUUGAAAGGAAGGAGGAGAAGAUGAGUUUGUACUGUCUAAAAGUCCAUGAUCUCCAGCGACAAUUCAAGAGUUGCGAAAUCAUAAAAAUUCCUCGGGCUGAUAAUGGUAAAGCUGAUGCAUUAUCUAGAUUGGUAUUCAUGGGGAUCGAUGGGCUAGAGAGGAUAGUCCACGUGAAAUUGGUAAUGGAGCCUAGUAUCACUCAGGGAGUUGGAGUCAUGGACAUUGAUCAUGAGCCAUCAUGGAUGGACCCAAUUGCAGAGUUCAUAAAUAAUGGAAAUCUACCUGAGGACCCCUGA